AUGGUGGGUGCAUUAUAUUCAUUAGAUGAUGUAAAUAGGGCGGUUGGAGACACGCUUUGCAGACUCGUGGUUAUAAGAUUUGGGGAUAGCGAUGAUCCGAUAUGCAUUCACGCGGACGCUGUUCUUGAAAGGGCAGCGCAUUCUCUCUCUAACUAUGUUGACAUAUACACUUGUGAAAGAAGUUCUGUUGAGGAGCUCGUGGAUGUGAUGAGGCUAGACUCACCCUUGAAUAUCAUGUGCUUCUUCAAUAGAAGACACAUAAAGAUAGACUGCUCGAGCGGCGAUAAUGAUAAGAUAAAUUUCCUCGUGGACGAUUCCGAGAUGCUUGUGGAAUUGUUCACUCUAGCCUAUAAGGCAGGUGUGAGGGGAAAGGGGAUUAUAAGGUCCCCGUUCAACAUCAGGGAGCUGCAAGGAGAGCCGUAG